AUGUCACCUCCGGCAAACCUUCCCGUCCGCCGCUUGGGCAAAACCGGCCCUGAGAUCACAGCCCUCGGUCUUGGGUUGAUGGGCCUCAGCAUCGCCUACGGCGAUGGAGGAUCCGACGAAGAACGCCUCGCAUUCCUUGACCACGCAUGGGAGAUUGGCGCGACGAACUGGGACACGUCCGACCUCUACGGGGACAACGAGGACCUGCUCGGCAAGUGGUUCAAGCUGCACCCGGAGCGCCGCGCCGACAUCUUCUUGGCCAGCAAAUUUGCCCUGCGCGGGGAGGUCAAGGAUGAUGGGUCUUUCGGUUUCAGAGUCGACAGUUCGCCCGAGUAUUGCCGUGAAGCGUGUGAGCGUAGUUUGAAAAGAUUGGGAGUUGAGAGCAUCGACUUGUACUACGUCCACCGCCUGGAUGAGAAGACUCCCAUUGAGAAGACGAUUGAGGAAAUGGUCAAGCUGAAGAACGAGGGCAAGAUCAAGUAUUUGGGCAUCUCCGAAUGCUCCUCCGCCAGUCUUCGCCGUGCCCACGCGGUCCACCCCAUCUCGGCCGUGCAGGUCGAGUAUAACCCCUGGUCCCUCGAGAUUGAAGGCCCCGCAGGCACGAACCUCUUGCAGACUUGCCGCGAGCUCGGCGUCACAGUCUUUGCUUACUCGCCGCUCGGCCGCGGCAUCAUGACGGGGCGGUACAAGUCUAUCGAUGACUUUGAUCCCUCCGACUACCGCCGGCAGAUCUCUCGGUACAUGGGCGAUAACUUCCGCAAGAACACGGAGCUCGUGGACAAGUUUGCCCAAAUGGGCAAAGAGAGGUACGGCUGCUCUGCGGGACAGCUCACGCUUGCUUGGUUGCUGGCGCAAGGCGAGGAUGUGAUUCCGAUCCCGGGGACGAAGAAGAUCAAUUACCUCGAGGAGAACAUGGGGGCAUUGAAUAUUAAGCUGGGAGAGAAGGACGAGAGGGACUUGAGGAAGUUGGUUGAUGAGGCAGACGUGCAUGGCGAUCGGCUUCCAGCGUUUGGAAAUUACUCUGAUUCGCCAGCAUUGUAA